CACGCAAGCCAAUUCAAGCUCCAUCAAAGCUCUUUGACUUCGGUCGUCCACUCUUUCACAACGCCACAAAGCUUCCUGCUUUCGUCGAUCUUUACUACUUAAACGAAACCCCAAAACAGUCGCCAAGAUGCGUUUCGCCGUUGCCACCGUUGCCCUCGCCGGCGCCGCCCUCGCCCACGAGCAGGCCGAGAGCACUGUCUACUCGACCGAGUACUACACCAUCACCUCGUGCGCGCCCACCGUCACCAACUGCCCGGCCCGCAGCACCGUGGUCUCGUCCUCGGUCGUCCCCCUGACCACCUCGACCAUCUUCUCGACCACCACCCGCACCGUCACCCAGUGCCCGGACACCGUCUCCCACUGCCCGGCUGAGUCGACCACGGUUGUCACCGAGACCAUCGCCGUCUCGACCACCGUCUGCCCCGUCACGGAGGCUCAGCCCACCUCGACCGCCGAGGCCGGCUCGACGCCCUCCGGCAGCGCGUCGGAGGAGCAGCCCGUGCCGACCGGCACCGGCUCCUACAUCCCGCCGCCGCCGCCCCCGGCCACCACCCUGACCACCGCUGCUCCCGCGUGCCCCACCAGCUCGGUCAAGACGAUCAAGACCUCCAUCACGACCGUCAUCCCCACCAUCAUCUACGAGACGGUCGCCGUCCCGUGCCCCACCAGCGCGGCCGCCAGCUCCCCGUCGAGCGGCCUGACCCCCACCACCCCCGCCCAGCCGACCUUCACCGCCGGCGCUGCCACCAUGGGCGGCUCUGCCCUUCUCGCCGCUGCUGCCGGUCUCUUCGCCAUCUUCGCUUAAAUUCAAGUCUUCUCU